UCAAAGAUGGCAGCUCUCUUGUCGAAUUGUGUUCGGGGAUGUUGCAGAAUUUCACGAGGAAGAAAACUGAAUUUAAGAAGGUUCUCGACAACCCAACAUAGACUUAAAGAUGAGGAUACCCCGCUGAGUCAACCACUGCCAGAUUUUCCUGAACUGAAAUAUGCCACUGCGUCACCAGAAACAUACGACACUCCAGUUACAACCCUUGAGAAUGGACUCCGAGUGGCAUCACAGAAAGUGUUUGGUCAUUUUUGUACAUUAGGAGUUUUGAUUGAUUCUGGCAGUAGAUAUGAAGUAGCUUAUCCCAGUGGCAUUUCACAUUUUAUAGAAAAAUUAGGAUUUUGUUCAACAACAAAAUACAAGAGCAAUGAUGAGAUAUUACAAGUUUUAGAAAAAUAUGGUGGAGUUUGUGAUUGUCAGUCAUCAAGAGAUGCCCUUAUAUAUGCAAUGUCAAUUGAAACAGAAGGCUUAGAAAAGGGAUUAGAUAUUUUGUCAGAGGUUGCACUGCGACCUGUCAUCACAGAGGAACAGAUUGACUACUGUAAAAUGGCAGUGGCUUUUGAUCUUGAGAAUAUUGAAAGCAGUCCUCAGCCAGACAUAUUGAUGACAGAAUUAAUACAUGCUGCUGCUUAUCGAGACAACACACUGGGUCUUCCAAAAAUUUGUCCCAAAGAAAACAUUGACAAAAUAGACAAAGGGACUCUGUAUACAUUUAUGAACAAUUUUCAUGACCCCUCAAGAAUGGUUCUCUGUGGGGUGGGGGUGGAACAUGACAGGUUAGUGGAGUUGGCCAGGGAGCUCUUUGUAAAGAAGACACCUCUUUGGAAAGAGGAUCCAUCCCUGGUAGAUCACAGUAAAUCAGUGGAUCAUUCUAUAGCACAGUACACAGGAGGGAAGAUGCUGAUUGAAAAAGACCUAUCCAGUGUGAGUAAGGGACCCAAUCCUUUCCCAGAGCUCGCCCACUUAGUGCUGGGGUUGGAGAGCUGUUCUCACAAGGACGGCGACUUUAUAGCAUUCUGUGUUCUUAAUAUGAUGCUGGGAGGGGGAAAUGCUUUCUCUGCAGGAGGUCCAGGGAAGGGGAUGUAUACCAGACUUUAUACUAAUGUAUUAAAUAGACACCACUGGAUGUUUGGUUGUGUUGCCAUGAACCAUGUGUAUGAUGACUCUGGGGUAUUCUGUAUUAUGGCCAGUUCUCAUCCUAGCCAGUUGGAUGACUUAGCAAUAGUUGUUUUAUCCGAGUUUCUAAGAACUCCAGAAGAAAUAAGCAAGGAGGAAUUAGAUCGUGCCAAGAAGCAGCUCCAGUCCCUACUGAUGUAUAACCUGGAGUCUCGUCCUAUGAUGUUUGAAGAUGUUGGGAGACAGGUGCUCAGCCGCGGAUUCAGAAAUCCAGCUCAGUUCUAUCUGGAGGAAAUUGAGAAGGUAACAAGGGAAGACCUACAGCGUGUAGCUAAGAGAAUGCUUCGUUCUAAACCAGCAGUAGCUGCAUAUGGGACAUUAGAUAAAUUACCACCAUAUGAAAGGUUCCAGGAGAUUUUGGCAAAUGGAGCUGUAGUGAAAAACAAAAGGAGAUUUGCAUCUUUCUUCAAAUAACUUUAUAAUACAGUGAAUUUUUUAUGAAAACAUAUACAGUGCUUAUUGCAGGACAAACAUCCUCAAACAAGCUUCAUGCAUUAAUUGUUGGAGGAGUUUGGUUUCUACUCCAAUAUUUUAUCUGUGUAAUCGUAAUUAUAAACGAAGUGUUUGUACCUUGACAUUGUGGUACAUUCUAUAAUUGAUACAUAAUAAUAAGCACAGCUGGUCACACAGUUCAGUUUUUAGCAGAUUUUUUGUUCAUGUUGCUGAAGUGCCAUUGGAAACAUUGAAACACCGACUUCAAUAAGUUUUUGUACGUGACAUUAUGAAUUCAUUAUUAAUAUUGCUAUAUUGUAGCAGCUCUCUAUUACAGAUAACAGUGUUUGCUUGGACUAACUAGAUCUUGUAUGUUUUAUGCUUAUUUUGUUAAGAAAUAAAUCAGAGUGAGAUUGAGUACUUUAAUUAAACAUGAUAAAUUG